UCAUUCCCACAAAGAGAGCGAUCAAAUUAAAGAUGGUCUCACCAGGCGCUGAGAAACCAUGGGCUAAGUUAGUCAAGUAUGUACAAAAUGAACCAAGAAGGAUUAUUCAUUCCUUCAAGGUUGGAUUGGCACUUGUGCUGGUUUCCAUUUUGCACCAUUUUCGUCCCUCCUUCUAUGGUUUUGGUGAGAACAUCAUCUGGGCGGUUAUGACUGUUGUCCUUGUCAUCGAACUUUCUGUUGGUGCAACACUCGGAAGAGGUUUAAAUAGGAUGUUCGCUACAGGAUUAGCUGCUGCUCUGGGGCUUGGAACCCAUAGAUUAGCAUCUCUUUGUGGGAAGAAUGGAAAAGAUGUAGUGAUUUCAGCAUUUAUCUUUGUGAUUGGUGCGAUAUUGACAUUUAUGAGAUUGUCGCCGCAAUUGAUGGCGAAAUACGAUUAUGGAUUCAUGAUAUUCAUCUUGACGUUCUGCUUGGUGACUCUUUCAGAAUUUACAGACGGUGAACUCUUUCAAGUCGUGCAUGAGAGGUUAUUAACGAUCAUCAUUGGGAGCUUGAUAGCUAUUGCAGUAUGUGUUUGCAUUUACCCUAUCUGGAUUGGUGAGGAUCUUCACAAUCAGAUUGCUGGCAAUAUUAUCAAAGUUGCUGACUUCUUGGAAGGAUUUGGAGAUGAGUACUUCAAAAAUUCAGAGAAUACAAAAGCUGAUGUGGUGGAUAAGCCAUUUCUCGGCAGCUAUAAACAAGUCCUCUCUUCAAAAAGCGCUGAAGAAUCAAAGGCUGUUUUGGCAAGAUGGGAACCAUGUCACGGUCAAUUCAGAUUUCGCCACCCAUGGAACCAAUACUUGAAGACUGGGAACCUAACUCGGUUGUGUGCUUACAAAAUUGAAGCUCUUAGUGUCUACCUCCUUAACUCUGAGCAAGUACGAUAUUCCAUAUUUCAUUUAUAA